AGGGUCGAGACUGCGGGCCGAUGGGUCUCCCGUGGUGGACCCCCCUGCUCGGUCUCUGGUGCGCCCUGUGCCUGGCGUCUGGACAGAGGCACACGGUCUUCUGGAACAGCACCAACCCCAAAUUUCAGAGGGAAGAUUACACCGUCGAGGUGCGUCUGAACGAAUAUUUGGAUAUCAUCUGUCCGCACUACGAGGAUAACAGCGUCCCCGCCCAUUCUAUGGAGCGCUACACCUUGUACCUGGUCGAACGAGAGGAGUACGACACGUGCAAACCACGGUCUAAGGAUCAGGUCCGCUGGCAAUGCAACCGGCCGGAUGCCCUGCACGGUCCGGAGCGGCUUUCCGAGAAAUUCCAGCGUUUCACACCGUUCACCCUCGGCAAAGAAUUCAGGGAGGGCCACGAAUAUUAUUACAUCUCAAAAUCGAUUCAUCGGCACCGAGAUUCCUGUCUUAAAUUGAAGGUGAAGGUGCUUGGGAAGAAAACUCAGAUACCACCCGGUCAUGUCCCCACGCAGAAGGGACCGCUUCAAUCAGACGAUCCGGACGCCCCGAUGUUGCGCAGCGUGGGAUACAAUUCCGCCCCCCGGCUUGGCAGCCCCCUGCCCUUCAUCAGCCUCUUGCUGCUGGUCUUCAUCUUUCGGGGGCCCUGAAGGGAAUCUCGGACCCCGACUGAACCCCCCAGAUUGAGCCAGGCAGGGUGGACUCCGACGAGGGUCCACGCGGCGAGCGAAACAGCACCAUGGGUCUUCACUAUGAUCAAGCUCGAAACCGUUGGUAGCACGAGGUGUGAGGAGGCGCGGCACGCGUCGUAGGCAUGGGAAAGACGGCGUGCAAAUCCGCUCGCCUGUUCUCGAGAAAGAUCUCGUUGGACUCCCGGUGAGGAGAAAGCGACGCAGCGAGCUGACGACAUGUCCUCCGCAGGUCGGAGACGUGUCCCCCGCGAGUCAGAGAUGCCCAGGAUCCUGCCAAAGUUUGAUGGACUUUGUUGGACUUUUCAAGCAAACUUUAUUGGGACUUUUUGAGCAAACUUCGCUGGGACUUUUCGAGCAAGGUAUAUAGACACAAGCUGCUUCCAAAAUCACCCAGUCCCCUCUGGACCUACAAGAUCAUGUGAAUAAUUUAACAGACUUAAAAAAACAGGCAGGACCUGAAUUUGGGGAGGAUCACCGCCCUUUUAUCUUCCCUUCAUGGAACUUUUGUCUUCACAAUCCGGACGGAAAGGCUGUGUCCAAAGGAUAGAGAUUCAAGAACUCGGAUGCACUAUUUAUUAGAACGAAAGGUGAAGGCGACGAGCCCAAGGAUCGCAAUUUCAAAAGAAGCUUGGAAAAAGAGUGGAACUCUCGAGAAAAAGGGGAAAAUUUAUUUUCUGUUAUGCUUUUUAUUGCGGGAUAUUUUUUUUAUUUGUAAAAAAAAAAAAGAAAAGAAUAAAUGACGCCAAAUAAGCUGGCUGUGGU